CGUGUCUUUGUUUUGGCGGUUUUUCAUAAGACGCUUCUUUUGUUACGUUUCCAAAGUAACUUUCUUUCGCUGGAAAACUCGUCACUUUCUAUACAUCUCUCUCACAUUCAAUCAGCCUUCAUUUUUUUUUUUUUUUGGUUCUUGUUCUUCACUAGCUGUUUAUUUUUCUAUGUCCAUUUUUUGUCGAGUUUUCGUACUUUCUUGGAGUAUUAGAAUAUGGGAUUUCUCAGCACUUUCUUGGGGAUCAUUGGUUUUGGAAUUGGAGUCCCUUUGGGCCUCUUGAUCGGGUUCUUCUUCUUCAUUUACUCUGAAGCAAAAGAUGUAAAGGAACCAGUUACCAGACCACUUUAUGAGUUAGAUUCAAGUGCCUUGCAAGAUCUUCUUCCUGAAAUUCCACUGUGGGUGAAGAACCCUGAUUAUGAUCGAGUAGAUUGGUUUAACAAGUUUAUCUCCGAUAUGUGGCCUUACCUUGAUAAGGCAAUUUGUAGUACGAUUAGAAGCGUGGCACAACCUUUAUUUGAGGAGUACAUUGGGAAAUUUCAGAUUAAAGCGAUUGAGUUUAAGAAUCUUAGUCUUGGAACUCUUCCUCCUGCAAUAUUUGGUCUUAAAGUCUAUGAGACUAAUGAGAAGGAACUGGUCAUGGAACCAGCAAUUAGAUGGGCCGGCAAUCCCAAUAUAGUUUUGGGGUUAAAAUUAUUGUCUCUACAAAUUACAGUUCAGUUGGUGGAUUUACAAAUAUUUGCUGCACCACGGAUAACCUUGAAACCUCUUGUACCUACUUUUCCAUGUUUUGCAAACAUAGUGGUCUCUUUGUUGGAGAAGCCACAUGUAGAUUUUGGAAUGAAGAUAUUGGGAGGGGACAUUAUGUCCAUACCUGGUCUCUAUAGAUUUGUUCAGGAGACUAUUAAGAAACAAGUUGCAAGCCUCUACCUCUGGCCCCAAACUCUUGAAAUUCCUAUUCUUGACGAAGCAACAGUGGGCGAAAGGAAGCCUGUGGGGAUCCUACAUGUGAAAGUUGUUCGAGCACAUAAACUCCUGAAGAUGGACAUCUUCGGAACAUCUGAUCCUUAUGUCAAACUAAGCCUAACUGGAGAGAAGCUUCCUGCAAAAAAAACCACUAUCAAGAUGAAUAACUUGAAUCCUGAGUGGUAUGAGAAGUUCAAGUUUAUCGUGACAGACCCUAACACUCAAGUUCUUCAUUUAGAAGUCUACGACUGGGACAAGGUUGGUGGACAUGACAAGCUGGGAAUGCAGUUAGUUCCACUGAAGCUCCUUACACCCAAUGAGGCAAAAGAAUUUAAGCUUGAAUUGCUAAAGAGCUCAAGCAUUAGCGAACCUCAAAACCAUAAGAAGAGGGGCCAACUUGAGGUGGAGCUGAAUUUUGUUCCUUUUAAAGAAGAAAGUUUUAAGAUUGGUGAGCCAGUGGAUAGAUUUGGGAGAAAGGAAAGUGGACAAAAUAGAGCAUCCGACAAUGAGAAAGUGAGUGGUGCAGGCUUGCUUUCAGUUAUCAUUCAAGGAGCUGAGGAUGUAGAGGGGGAGCGCCAUAAUAAUCCUUAUGCCUUUGUUCUCUUUAGAGGAGAACAUAAGAAAACAAAGAUGAUAAAGAGAACUCGAGACCCUACUUGGAAUGAACAAUUUCAGUUUAUGCUUGAGGAACCUCCUCUAGAUGAUAAGAUUUAUAUUGAGGUUAUGAGCAAGAGAACACGUAUUAGUUUUCGAUCAAAGGAAUCAUUAGGAUUUGUAGAGAUUAAUCUUACCGAUGUUGUGAACAAUGGGCGUAUUAAUCAAAAGUACAAUCUAAUCAAUUCGAAGAAUGGAGUGAUACAUGUUGAGAUACAGUGGACAAAGACUUGAGAAAUGGGAUAAGAGGACAUUGUCUUUUGAAGUAAACAAUUUGAGACAUGGAACAAGAGAAUGUUAUCUUUACAAGUUAUUGCCUCUCAGUCUCAACUGAUGUGAAAUUGUUACUAAAGUCAGCAUACAAGAUUUGAAAAGUCUACAAAGGAGUCGCAGCUUACAUGAUGAACCAGAAAGAGGGAGAACUAAAAUUUUAGGAUAUUGUACAUUUUAUUAAUAUAAGUGUAUGCUGUAUUUUUACCAUGUCUU